AUGGCACUCCUAAGCUUAGCACUGUGCUCUGCCCACCGGGUCCAAGUUUCCACCUUUUCCAUGCCCGACGCAGGAAUCGCCGCUGAGCCUGAUCCAGAUCCACCCAGGAGUGACCCUGCAGGCGUAGCAUGGAGCGGUCAUACUCACACCGGAGGCGGCGGAGGAAUGGGAGGUGGCUGGGGUGUAGGCACGCCAGGUGAUGGUGCAGGUUAUGGUCAUGGGGGUGGAGGUGGAGGUGGGGGAGGUGGUUGGAGCGGAAGCACACCAGGUUACGGUGGUGGUAGUGGUGGUGGUUAUGGUCAUGGAGGUGGCGGCGGUGGUUAUGGUCAUGGGGGUGGCGACGACGGCGGCUAUAAUGGUGGAGGUGGAGGUGGAGGUGGAGGCGACAGUGGAGGAGGGGGCUACGGCUACGGUGGUGGUUCCGGUGGGAGUCCAUGGAUGCCGCCGGCAGGUGACCCUUUCCAUUGCCAACCUAUCCCCUGCGGCAAUCCCUAUGGUUGCCCUGGAUUUACAAUAUACUUAAACCACCAUCAGCACCAUGGAUCAGGUUCUGGUAUGGCCAAGAACGUGAAUCAUGAUCAUCAUGAUGAAGAUGGGAUGACCCCUUAA